CAUUCGGGUGCAUAUAUCGCGAGGAGUGGGUGCGCGGUUCAAACUUCAGUGAAAAUUCGAGUGAAAUCCUGUGAAAAUUAGAAAAAUGUUGUAAAAUCUGUGUUCCAAAAGCGUUUCCGGAUAACACAGCUAUGGAUUCCAAGAAGGACAUCUACAAUCUAUGGGUGCAGUACACCACCAAGAAUGAAGAGAUCUAUUUCCGGCAGUUUAUCCAGGGGUUCGUCGGCAUCUGGCAGAAGCAGCUUAUGCUGGACUUCGAUAAUGCUCCCCUUUGGUCAUCGAUUUCUUCGGAUUCGGGUCCACAUUUGAAUCGAUUGCCGGAGGAAUUGCUUCCAGCGAUCGAAAAGUUCCUCAUCAUUGCAAGGGACAAGUUUGAAAAGGCUGGAACGGAAAACGCACAGGAUGAGCAGGAAAAUGAAACCAUAAACGAAAUCCAACUGCUCGUGCAAUGCUUGAUAAUAAUUUGUCGUCAUUUUGAGAACAUUAACGCCAUCAUCAAAUCGAGUUACAUUCCGAGUUGUGUUGCCAUUUCUAAUUGUAUUAUUUACAAGCUGGUCCAAGGAUCAACGCUGACCGCGGUUCAGUCCCAAUUUAUUCGAUGCUUCAGCAACUUUGUCGAGGUGCUGUACGAUCCGUAUCUGACAUGGAGGAACUUUUUGCGCGGCGAAAUAGCCGAUUACGGGCGGCUCGGUUACAAGAUAUCGCCGAUGCAUGCGGAACUGGUUCCCUUUCUGUACGACAGCUUCCAGAUCAAGAAAGCCGGCCAACAUCCGGAGCUGGGGCGAGAUUUGAUACACAUUUUGGGAGCCGUCAUUUCCGGAUCCCAGUGUCAUUCCACAACUCUUCUUCAAACUUGUCGAAAAUAUUAUCAAUCUAAGGUUGCUUUAGUAGAUGAACCCAAACAAAACAUUAAUUCGUACUAUCUAAACAAUUCAGUCGGUGAAGGAAACGCUAAUGUGCACAAUGGUUUACGUGCCAUAAGCCCUGCAACAGUAACCGUCAUUAUGGAUAUAAUCUCGAAAUGGGAAAGUGACGGCAACCUGCGGCAGCUGGUGCUGCAAUGUUUCUCGAUGAUGGUAAUCAUACUACAGAAAUCUAGUCCCGAACAGCGUCAAAUCGAUUUACUUACUGUUUUCCAACUGUACAUGGGAGCUAUACAAGCCCUGCAAGAAACACAACACUUUCAGCAACCAACGUCUCCGACGGAAAGUUUCGAACUGUCGCUGAACGAUGACAACUACCUGGACGUGGGAGCGUUGAAUGCAAUCAUUGGGACGAUCGAAAACUUCCUGCCGGAACACGUGAACAAGCCGGUGAUGUGCAAUGCAAUAUUUGAGGCGAAAUUUCUACCGAACCUGGUACAAAUACCAGAACAAGUGAAGACUUGGCAUAUCGAUCAUCAAUUAUUAGGAUCAACGCUGGUCAGAAGUCUGCACAAGCUGUGUAGUAGUUCGGAGAAAAUACACUACAAUUUGAUGCAUACAAACAACAUAAACAUUCUAUUUGAUGGACUAACGAAAUUUGGCAGACCUUCGCGUGAUCUUAUCUGUGACUGUCUGUACUUCGCAUUCGAUGGUAGCGAUGCGUACAGUUUGAAUGCACUAAUCGUGAAAAAGCUGGUCGAAUGGAUUCCUUCAAUCGCUGAGCCGGAGCAAAACUACUUAAGCGAUGUUCUACUCAAGAAAUGCUCUGCCAAUUUACAGAGCAAAUAUGCCAUCUGUGAGCAGCUCAUGAUAAAACACAUAGUGGAUUAUUGCUUCGAGGACCACAACAAGUUAUCGGCCAAAUGUAUCAUCAGCCUGUUGAAAUUGAUUGAAGAACUGGCCAAGCACAACAUCCACCCGACCGAAUUCAAAUGCUUGUUACGUUUGCUACGCAUAGGGGCUAAGUUUGAGUAUCGCAAACAGCUGAUCGAUGCUAUUUUGCGAGUCUCCCAGUAUCGUCUCUCGCUGGGCACCAUCCCUAACGAAUAUCUUGACAUCCAGAACAAUACCAACGGAAUAACGAUACCGGAAAUAAGGAAAUGGGACACGGCGCACGGAUUUGUGUUCCACUCCUGGAUCCGCUUGGAUAAAGAAUUCGAACCGAUGAGCGAUGAGGAAAUAAAUUUACAAAACUACCGACGACAUUUGUUUAGCUUGACCACCAACUGUGGCACGGGAUACGAGUUCUUCAUCCAAAAGAAUGGAAAUUUCGUUGUGAGCGUGAUUACCAAGAAAGAAUUCUUCACGGCGACGGCUCACGCUACACAUCUGCUUGAUGGCCGGUGGCAUUCGAUUACGGUUAGCGUCAUCCCGCCGAAACGACUGUUCUCUUACCAUCAGAUUAACGUUUUUGUCGACUCGGUGCAGAAGCUUGGCUCCACGAUGAAGUAUCCGGCAUUCGCAGAGCUGUUCCACUACUGCGCCAUUGGAGCUCCAUACAAUAACGUCCGCAAAGCGUCCCAUACUUCGCAUCAAGCUAACAGCGCCAGAAUGAAUGCUACGCCAUCACCGGAAAUGACGCCACCACCCGUGGAAAAGGAAGAAAAACCGAGAGGGGGCCUAUUCCCUAGUCUGAUGGAGAAAACCUUCUUUCCCGGUAUAGUUUCGCAAGUGCCCAGUUACUUUACCCUCCCAGCAAGGCAGUCGCCGGCUUCCCUGGACCCUAGCGUUAAAUCAUACCCCAUCGGAAUGCAGGACCUGGUAUUUGGAGAAGCCAUAUGCUUGAAGGGGCAGCUGGGUUGUGUUCUGCUUGCGGACACAAGCAUCAAUUUGAAAAAUCUCUUCGAAUCCGGUCCCAGCAUUGCCAACGUACUGGCAACGGAUAUGAUCGAAUCAUUCGAUAUGGCAUCGAAGUUUAUUUUCUGUUUUUCUCCGAGUGCUUGUUUCGAUGGGUUGUGCCUAGAUCUAGCUCCUGGAAACCAGUAUAAUGGACACGUUGCAGCGAAUGCCUCAAAUGUGCUGUCCAUUCAAAAUGCCAUCAACGGUGUAGGAGGCAUGAUGUCUUUACUUCCCAUCCUAGACUUUGUCUGUCAAAUACCGGAUUCAGAUAUAUCAACAUCCGAUCAACUUAUUUCUCUUACACCGGUAGCUUCGCCGACGCGGGAUGAACGAUUCGGUGAUUGGGAAAUGCUUCAGCCCAACUCACUGACAGAAUCCAAAAUUAUCCAAAAUCCCAUAGCAUGUUUUAUUUGCUUGAUGAGAACUUUCAUUCAUGGUAAUAAUCUAAACAAAGAAAAUAUUCUGAAAAACGAUGGAAUACCCAUCAUUAGUCAACUUUUGCAAAAAUGUAAUCCAGCGUUGUUCGAUGUGAACGUAUUGAUGUCGGUGCAACUGCUCGUUGAAUCAAUCCAAAACGAAAUGCCAUCGGCUAAUAUGGAACUGCUUCACGUAUUGUACAAAGAUUUAGUUUUUAAUUUUCGCAUCUGGUCCCGCGCUCAGUUCCAGAUCAUAAUCGGCCAUAUUCAAUAUAUUAGUGCAAUAAUUAAGGAUGAUAGGAAAUAUUUUCGUAAGCAUUUCGGCGCCCAAUUUAUUCUUGAUGUGGUACAGGAAUUCUUCGCUGGAACUUGUACGAUUCCGGUGCAGGACGCACGGAUGAUUCGUGAUUCAUUGCUGCGAAUAUUGCGAUACUACAUUUCAAAGGAAGUGAAUAUUAAAGAGAUUUCAGCAAUCUUAACAUUUUUGACAACGAUCAAGGUUGAGCCCGUAGUUGUGGAGAUUAUUGAAAUGCUGACGACCUUAAUUGAGGGGAAACACGUGAAAGACCAGAUUUUUCUGCUUAUGUACGAACCCAACAUGGCUGAAGCUUUGUACACACUGUUCAUGGAUCGACAUUUCGGAAACGAAGUUCACACUCGUUUGCUUAAAUUUAUAUCCGGAAUGCUAAAUACGAAACGUAUUUCGAGCAAACAUAAAGCUGCACUGAGGCUAUACGAUAGUGCCAUCGAAUGCAACAGUUUGUAUCCGGGCUUAUUUUCGUUCAUGCUUCCGUUUGAGCUUGAACCGGAAGUCAUACUCGGUUUACUGGACUUGAAUCUUUGUUUGGAUUCAGAAAUGGGUUACGCCGGAGCUUUGUGUCUGAUCUACCACGCGAACUCAGCAUCACUACCGCUAAAAUUAGAAAUUGCUAGACGGCUGAUGACUGCUACAUUCACUAAACCUAAAGCGCCCCAGAUGAUCGCUCGACAGGUAGGGUGGCAAGAAUCAAUCGCUCGACUGCUGAUUAAAAAACCAAUAGAAAAUCGAUCACUGUCAGAGAAGGAAAUCGAAAAAGGCAAAAUAUUAACUGAUAUUGAGGAAAUUGUUAAACGUGAAAGCGAAUCAUCGAUUGGCGCAGCCGUUGGUCCAAGCGACCUUAUUGUAUUCGACGACGAAACCAUGGAAUUGAAGGCACAGGAAACUCCGAAAUCUGCAAAUUCAUUCAUGACCGAAGCUGCCUCGGUUAUCGAGAAUGAAAUCAAAGAGCUAGCCGAUAGUGUCCAAGAAGCUGUGGUUGACAACAUUACGUCAUCGAUAACGUCUGUUUAUUCGGCAAUCCGCCAAAAAACCUCUGACAUUCAAGAUACUCUCGAAUCGCUAACGAUGAGUUUCGAUGAAGUUUCUGGGCGUAAGAAAACUUCGUCCUCUUUCUCCAGCAGCAGUGAUGAAAACGUAUCGUUGGAUGAAUCUCUAGCCGUAUCUUCGAUGCGAGACGACACCCAAUCGACCCGAAGUGCGGAUGAUUUAGAUAGUGCGGCCAGUGGAAGAGAAGAAACAGGAUUCAAAUAUUCUGAAGAUAAUGAGGAAGAAAAUCUAGUGUAUUUGGUGUCUAAUAUUUUAUUCACAAUUCUGUGGCGAGGUGUAGAAAAUUCUAAUGAUUCGUGGAAAGAACGUGGUCAAGUUAUUGCAUGUAUCAACUUGAUAGCGUUGAAUAAUGAACUGUAUUGCUCUCAUUUGAACUUACGUCUGCGUAUUCUUGAAAUGGGUGUCCAAGCGGCUCUAAUUGAUUUGGGCGAAAAUGCACAGUUGGUGGUGACACACCAGCAGAAUGCAGCGCAGCUACUACGGUUGGCCUAUGAUCUAGUGGUUCUUGAUCCGAACGAAGAUGAUUCCAAAAAGUGCUCAACAAAGUUACUGGAUGGGGUUCUAUCGCUGUUGGAUAUUUUAAUGGUGUUUCAACAAAGCAGUUCCGACGAUUGGUCAGAAAUGUCCCACCUUAGCUUGGGACUACUUUUAAAGUGUUCUCAUAAUCCUAAUUCGGAUAUCGUAGCAAUGGCAACGGCAAAGCUACAUGCCCUUUUGCAAAAUCGUGUGAAUCCGGAACCGGGUGAAGUGGGUUAUUUGUUGUUCAGUUUGAAUCAAGCUAUUAGCAGUGCUAUUGAGAUCGGAAACUCGGAACAAUAUUCGUUUUUGAUUCCGGUGCUGAAAGCUUUGCUUGAAAAAUCCCGACUAGUUAUUGGGUUGACUACAAACGCGCCCGAUCUACCCGCUACGUCUUCCGGGCCGAUCUUCUUUCAAAACUUCCAAAUGUACUGCACGACAAAACAGUGGACUUCGUUCAUCGAAAAAAAGAUCAAGCCGCUGUACACCUCGUACCAGAAAGAUCUUUCCAAUACCCUGUGGGAGCCACUGAACACCUUCUGGGCCGAAUGUUACGAAUCGUGCAAAUUUUCGUCUCAACGGCGCGCCAAGCUGCAGAUGGAAAGUCGUCGGAAGUUCCAGGAGCGAAUACUGAUCCCAUGUCGCAUUCGCCAAUCGGAGGAACUGGCUCGCGUAAAUCUGCAUCAAACACAGCGGAAGGCCAAAGAUACCCACAUCGAGAGGAGGUGGCACAUCUGGAAGCGGUUUCUGUACGGCCCCAAGGGAGCAUGGGCCAGCCCAUGUGACGAGGAGGAGUACUGGCGUCUAUCGCACCACGAGAACAGCGUCCGCAUGCGGCUGAAACUGGAACCGAACCUGGCUCAUGAUCCGCACACGGCUGCAUCUAACAUGCGCGACAAUACCACCUCCUCAAGCACGUCACACAACCGGAGGCUUUCAACCGAGCUGGGCUCAACCAUCGCUCCCGCAGUCCUGGGCGAUGAAUCCGUCGACGAAGACAUCUUGCUGCUGGAAGAAGAACUGCGGAACAGCAUGGAACCGCAAGUUCCUGAAACUUCCGGCAAGGAGAAAAUUGUAAUUUCUCAGGAAUGUGAACUGAUAACGCUCAUGACCCGAGUGAAGGGAAGACUGGACCUGACGACAAAUCAGAUCGUAUUCUCCGAGAUUGGGUCCUCUCGAGACGAUGGUCAAAGAUUAGAUUUCAAAUUCCCGAUUAGUCAGUUAAGGGAAUUGCAUUUAAGGAAGUUCAAUCUUAGGAGAAGCGCUUUGGAAAUGUUUCUGGUGGAUCAAACCAGCUAUUUUCUUAAUUUCACCACAAAAACUAGAAAUAAAAUUUUCACCAAAAUUCUCAGUCUUCAACCACCAAAUAUAUUAUAUGGAUCCGGUCGCUCUCCAGCCGAAUUGUUGAAAUCAUCUGGUCUAAUGCAGAAGUGGGUUAAUAGGGAGAUUUCUAACUUCGAAUACUUGAUGCACUUGAACACGAUUGCUGGACGAUCGUACAACGACUUAAGUCAGUACCCUGUGUUUCCUUGGAUAUUGGCCGACUAUACUAGCGACAUCUUGGAUCUUAAUGAUCCAAAAUCAUUCAGGGACCUCAGCAAGCCCGUUGGAGUUGUGAACCCAAAAAAUGAAGCCGAAGUGAGAAGCAAGUUUGACAGCUUUGAAGAUCCGUCCGGUAUGAUACCAAAAUUUCAUUACGGUACCCAUUAUUCUAACUCAGCUGGAGUUUUACAUUAUUUGUUGCGAGUUGAGCCGUUUACAUCGCUGCAUAUAGAACUGCAAAGUGGUCGUUUUGAUGUAGCGGACAGACAAUUUCAUUCCAUCCCUCAAACUUGGAAACUCCUAAUGGAUAAUCCGAACGACGUGAAGGAACUCAUACCCGAGUUCUUCUAUUUCCCGGAGUUCUUAAAAAACAUGAACAAAUUCGAUUUGGGCAUUCUACAGCAAACGAAAGAACCAGUAGAUGAUGUUGUGCUCCCACCAUGGGCCAAAUCUGCCGAAGAUUUCAUAGCCAUUCACCGGAGAGCGUUGGAGUCGGAAUAUGUGUCUCAGAAUCUACAUCACUGGAUCGAUCUAAUAUUUGGUUACAAGCAGAAAGGGCCAAAAGCUGUCGAAGCACUGAACGUGUUUUAUUAUUGUUCGUACGAGGGAGCUGUUGAUUUGGACAAAAUCACCAAUCCAAUCGAGCGUGAAGCUGUGGAAGGAAUGAUAAACAACUUUGGACAAACGCCUUCCCAACUGCUGAGGGAAGCUCAUCCGAAACGACUCAGCCAGGACGAUUUGACAAUGAAGCUGCUUAAAUUAGAGCUUCGCAAACCGGAUCUCACCCUCAUUCUGGAUCGUGUGAAUUGCAUAAACUGCGAGUUGACCACCGACAAAGAUCCGAUCGUUUACCUGAGCACUCCACGGAGCCCACCCCGAUCAUUCCUGCAAACUAGUCCCGAUAUGCUGAUAUCCGUUACCAAGAGUGGCAUCCUCGGCUGUCACAGCUGGAUGUCGUUCGACAAAGAGAAAGGCUUCCUGCUGGAAAUCGACGCCACUACCUCCAAUUUGAAAAAUCGCAAAAAGCUGGUCGGCCCUUUCCAUCCAUCGAUUGGGCUUAAUUCGAACCUGUUCGCCGUCAGCGUCGAUGGGAAAUAUUUGUAUGCCGGCGGCAUUUGGGACAAUUCGGUUCGGAUUUUCAAUAUGGUACGCGGAAAAGUGGUCGCUUCGGCGAUUCAUCAUUUCGAUGUGGUGACUUGCAUUGCGCUGGACACUUGUGGAUCGUAUCUGGUGACCGGAUCGAAGGACUGUACCUGUGUGAUAUGGUCAAUUAGUAGUGUCAGUUCUGGAGGGGCUUCUACGACGUCCAAUCUGCAACCUAACACGGCCGCUUUGAAUCAAAAUUUGGCCGGCAACGUCGUGGGGAGCGCCAAUGUUGUACAUUUGACCAACAAUCUCACACCAAAACCGGUUCACACACUUUACGGGCAUGAUGGGCCCGUGUCGUGUGUUGCUAUUAUGACGGAGCUGGACGUUGUGGUUUCCGGAUCGGUGGAUGGCACCGUCAAUGUUUACACAAUAAAAGAAGGACAAUUCGUCAGGACAAUAAACCCUCUAGGCUGUACCGGAUCCAGUAUAGAGAUAUCGUUUGUAACACUCUCUUAUCAAGGUCACAUAGCGUUCUCCGCCCUAGAUGACACCUCCCACUCCGUGCAUGUUUUCAGUAUCAACGGUGUCAAUCUGGGUUCCAAAUACGUAUCCGGCCGGGUAACCGGGCUCACCACGGCCACAGACUAUCUAGUCGUAUCCGAUGAUGCUGGGGAUGUCACGAUGAGUCGACUCUACGGUUUGAAACCCAUAUUCGACAUUCCUCUGCACAUUCCGGUGCAGACGAUUGUGUCGACCGGAGGCAGUACCCAUCUACUGGCCCCGUUACGCGACGGAAGUCUGGGAGUUGUUGGUAUAAUGCAGCCGAUAGCCUACAAAAAGCAUACCGUACUCACGGUAUAGUUGUUCCGGAUCACGCUCUCGAAAUACAUCAUUCCAAUCAGUCAAUUAUUGCUUGUGGUAGAACCGUCGUGUGUCCUGUUUGUCUCUCUCCCUCUCUCCCGGAGAAUAUCAGUAUUUCGAUUAUUCUUAAAACACUUUUUAUUCACCUUCAACGAUUAUGCAACGGUCAGAGAUUACACAUUUUGUUCGACUUAAGUAACAAAAGUAUCGAUAGUUUCAAAAUAACCAUUGUGAGCCUCCACAAACAGAAGAAGUAUUGGUAGAUAUCCGACUGAAAUCUAUGAGUUUUCGAAUUCCAGAGUAGUUGCAUGCAGAGUGUUUCGAAACGUUAGUCGUGUUUUCAAACAUGGAAUAAUAUUGUUAUCACUAAACUAUGUUGUUAUUUUAUGGACGUAUAUUAUGAAACAAAACAUAUUUAACAAUACAAUAAAAAACAUUGUUCUAAAUAUCUUUGAA